AUGAAGCUCUAUGGCUUGCUGAUUCUAAAGCCCUAUCCGCCGGGUAUUGAGAAGGACCCGGCCAUAUGCUGUAGCGCUGUCGACGUCAGCUCUUUCGGCUUCUUCCAGCGUAGUUCCGCCCGCGAGUUCAUUGUGUUUCUCUCCCGAACGGUGGCUAAGCGGGUGGCUCUCGGUGCCAAGACGCAGAUCACAGAAAACGGCAAUGUUGUCUAUGCGCAUGCGACGCUGGACGGUCUCGUGGCAAUUGCAGUGAGCGACAUCGAGUACAACGCGCGUGUUGCCUUCACGCUCUUGACGGAGCUGAUGCUGCAGUUUCAGCAGACGUUCCGCGGUAAGUACGAGUCCGUCGCGGGCAAGGCGGAUGAGUUUCUGCACUGGCCCCACAUCAACGAGACCCUGGAGAAGUAUCAGAAGCCGGAGGAGGUGGACAAGAUCCUGCGCAUCAAGCGUGACAUCGAGGACACAAAGGUGAUCAUGUACAACGCUAUUGACCAAAUCAUUGAACGGGGACAGAAAAUCGACGACUUGGUGGCGCAGAGCGAGGAUCUCGGCAUGGCUAGCAAGACAUUUUACACGCAAGCAAAGCAGACAAACUCGGGGUGCUGCGCAGUCAUGUGA